AUGUAUGUGAAAUGGUUUGAUACAGUAAUGUUUUACUAUGUGAUUUUAGUGAAUGUCACUUUUUGUCAUUUUCAAAUUUCCCGCAGUUCCGUCCCCGUACGUCCCGACGCUCGCAGGGGACGGAACCCAGAUGACAGAUGCCGGCAUCCGACGGAUUACAUUGCCGGGGACACUGCAGGAGCAACAUCGCGGGAGCGCAGGACAAGGUAAGUGAUCGAGGGAUCGCGGAGCAGGGUCGCAUGGUAUUCCCGAGUGUAGCUCGGGGUUACCGCUUGUGCUACACUCGGGAAUACCGCCAGGGAGGUUA